AUGCCUUCCUAGAUCCAAACAAAUCCACGCCAAUCAAGCACGCAUAAAACAACUGACCAACGCAUUGACCACCUAAGCACGCCAUGAUUUCUCUUCUCUUCUUGGCCCUCUCCCUCCCUAAACACGCCAUGUAAUCCCGUUCUUCCCCGCCGAGCUGCGGCCGGAACGCCAUUGAUCGGCAGUAGCGGCGGAACGCAGAAGUUGCGUGCUCGAUCAAGCCAGUCAAGUGCAGCGGUGAUGAACGCGCCGCCGGGCGACGACGGCGGCGGCAGCGCGCACGGCGUCUUCGGGUCGACCGGCAUCAGCGGGUUCGGCUACGGCGUGGGCGUCUCCGUCGGCAUCCUCCUCGUCGUCUCCACCAUCGCGCUCGCCGUCUACUUCUGCACGCGCACGUCCAUGCCCGUGGCCGCUGCCGCCGCCGGCGGCGGAGGCGCGCCGCCGCGCCCCGACGUCGAGCGGGGCAUCGACGAGGCCACGCUCGAGGCGUUCCCGGCGGUGGCGUACGCGGAGGCGAGGAAGGCGCGGCGGCGGGAGCGGCAGCAGCAGCAGCAGCAGGCGUGCUGCCCCGUCUGCCUCGACAACUACGGCGACGGCGACGUGGUCCGGGUGCUCCCCGACUGCGGCCACCUGUUCCACCGCGCGUGCGUCGACCCCUGGCUCCGGCAGCGCCCCACGUGCCCCGUCUGCCGGACCUCGCCGCUGCCGAGCCCCAUGCCGACGCCGCUCGCCGAGGUCACGCCGCUCGCGUCCGCAAGGCCGUCGUGAGGCUUCUUCGUGCCUUUCUUUUUUACCAGCACUCUGCUUCGUUUCCUAUUUGGUCGCCAACCAUUUCAUUCGUACACAUACAUAGCACGGUGUAAUUAGGAGGUACCGCAAAAAUGAUUUCCUGGGGUUGUAAACUUUAGUAGAAUAGCGUUCAGUGUACACAUACAUUGUAGUGUAGGACAGUUAAGAGGUUUUUGGUCUCUGAAGAAUUUGAAGUUUCAUCCAUCUACA